AUGUCUAUGAGUUUGUUAAACCAACUACCUGCAAUUUUUCAUACUGUGCAGAUUAUAUCUAUUAUGAGCCCUGCUACAACUACACUGUGCUGGACAAUCCUUGGAGAUCCACCAACAAUACAAAUAACACCCUCAUGUGUGACAGGAAUGUCAACUGGGUCGGCUGGUAUCGUCUCUUCAUUCAGGGCUGGAGCGCUCAGAUGCCAGAAACAUGUGUUGUAAACUCUAGAUGUGGCACUGAUUACCCAAUGUGGCUAAAAAAUGGGCACCCAAAAGUUGGUGAUGGAGUGGUCAGCCGACAUAUCUGCUAUUACUGGAUGACUAACUGCUGCGUGUUCCAGUUCAAUCCUAUUAGAGUCAAAGCCUGUCCAGGCAAUUAUUAUGUCUAUGAGUUUGUCAAACCAACUACCUGGUCAGCUAAUAUGGCAUACUGUGCAGAUGUUAUGAGCAUUAACGUCGGCUACACAACAGUCACACCAGAGACCACUUCAACUGGUAUAAAUAUCACACUCCCAGAUGAAUGCAAGAGUCAAGCCACAGGAGGAUGUGUAGAGAAUCUAUUUGACCAGAUAGAGAACAUUACAGCUGAAGUGCUUCCUUUGAACGAUGUGACCAACAUUUUGGAUGUGGCUUUGAACACUUCAGAGAAGAUUAUCGGGUUAUACAUUAACCAAAAUGAACUAGUCUCUUAUGGAAACCGUGUGUUGAAAGCCAGCGAGAAACUCAUCUCUACUCUAGUGAAGCCAACAGACACAAGUGACUCAGUCAAAUUCACUCUUGAUACUGUAGAGGCACAGGUCUUCAUGGUUGGACCAAAUGUCACUUUACAUAAAAUCCCUCAGCUGGACACAACAAAUGCUUCUGUGGACAUUGAUCUCAUUGGAAUUGCCCAGAACAACCAAGAAACAAAAUCAGCUGCUGUGGCUUUCAUGAGCUACACCACAAUGGAGAACGUACUGAGACCUGACUUCUUCAACACAUCAGAUGACUCAGUUAAAACCAUGAUGUCCACUGUGAUCUCAGCUACUCUUCCCAAAACUGACAACACAAAACUCACCAAACCAGUCAACUUCACACUGAAACACAUCAGAGAGUUUGUCUCUGGAGGCAAUCUGUCCUGUGUUUACUGGAAUAUCAGUGAGUGGAUUGUAGAUGGUUGUUCUGUUGUAAAGACCAACAGCAGCCAUACUGUGUGUUCCUGUGAUCAUCUGUCAACAUUCGCUCUCAUCAUGCAAACCAGCAGCCCACCAGAGGUAAGAGAACAGGAUGAUCCACUGAUGAAAAUACUGAAUUUGGUGGCUGUGAUCGUGGGGCUGGUGUUUCUCAGUUUGGCCCUGUUGACUUUUGCUUUUUGCCGGUGGAAUCCUGGAGUGAACAAUGUGGCUCGAAUCAACCUCUGCUUGAGUCUGCUGUUGGCUCACCUUCUGUUCAUGCUCACACAACAGUUCCUGAACUACAUACUCCCCAACCAGGUGUUGUGUGCGGUGAUAUCAGGUGUUCUGCACUUCUUCUUUCUCUCCUCCUUUGUGUGGAUGUUCAUUGAAGCUGUGCUGAUUUUCAUCUGUGUGAAGAACCUAUCACAGAUCAGCUCCAAACAGAGGGAGGUGCUUAGCAGCAGAUUCAUCAUUGUGAUUGGAUAUGUGAUUGCUCUGGUUGUGGUGGGCGUGUCUGUUGGACUGGUUCCUGAGGGUUAUGGCAGUGAAAAAUGCUGGAUUAAAAGGGAAAAAGGAUUUAUCUGGAGUUUUCUGGGACCUGUUUGUGUCCUUCUAGCAUUAAACACAACUCUCUUCAUCAGCAUCAUCGUCAGCCUGAACUCAACUCUCACAAAACUGAAUGCAGGAGUUUCACAGAUGAAACAAACUAAAAUUCUGGUAAUUAAAACACUGUCCCAGUUUGUGGUUCUUGGUUGCCCCUGGAUUCUGGGUUUCUUCACAAAUAACAGUAAGGUGGUGGAGAUUCUCUUUCUGUGCUUGAACUCCCAGCAAGGAACCUUCAUCUUCCUGAUCUACUGUGUCCUCAAUAAUGAGAUCAGGCAGCAGUAUGUGGAUUGGUUGAGCACUAUUUUCCCUGGACUUGAACACAAAGCCAUCAAAAGUGCCCCCCAAAAUUCAUAGAAAAUUUCAGAGUCCAUGUUCAGAGAAUGAAAAGCACUACAGUGCCGUUAUUUUAAAGUGAUUCUAUUAUUAUUCUUGUAUGACAUGUAAGUCUUAGUGAUUUUCUGUUAAUUGAAGCUAUUAACAUGUAAUGGCCAGUCCACCGCUGAUCGACCCCAAAGUGUGUCGGCCCAACAAUAAAUGUAGAUGUAACUCUAUUUUCUUUUAAAACAUUUUAUUGUUAAUUGUGAAUCAUUUAUUUUAUUAUAUAUAUAUAGGCAGAGGGCCAUGGUAUU